CCGAAUCCCGUGUAUAACAGAUUCCACGUUUUUUUUUUUUGACAAAAACGGAAAGCUUGGACUUCUCCCGAUUAUAUUUAUUUACACCUGAGAGAGAAACCCAACACCGUUACCCUAACGCCGUCAGAUGACAUCUCCGUCUCUGCACGUUGGUUUCAACGUCACCGUGGGAUGAUUUUGUUAUCGAAUAAUAAUCAUAAUAAUUACAGUACAUCAGAGGAACAAGGAAGCGGAAGCAGAAGCAGAGAGCAAUUUGGACAAGGAAUUCUGUGAAUAAUUUAUUCAUAUAUACUACAUAUUUCUUUAUAAUUUUAUUUUUAAUGGGCUGCAGGAUAUAAAGCCCAUGGUCACUGACACCCUAAUUUGACGUUGCCUCUUAAUGACCGCCGAUGAUUGUUGAAUUCAUCUGGUAGGUGCUGAGUUCGAAUACCCAGAAGGCGUGCCUUGGCCAUGCUACGCCAGAUCGGCGCGACGUCCCUCUGGAGAGAGGCCCCUGUUGUUUCUCAUUUCCAGUAUUUUCAAGAUUUUGAGAGAUUCUUUUAUUUUUUUAUAGUAUAUGAAAAUGACGGGACAAAAUCACGCGCGCAGUAGCAGGGAGCUCCUUUGCAAUGCCACCGCUGGGGCUGCCGCAGGAGCUAUUGCUGCAACAUUUGUGUGUCCACUGGAUGUCAUCAAGACAAGGCUGCAAGUCCAUGGAUUACCUAAGCAGAGUCAGGCUGGUGUUAAAGGCAGCCUUGUUCUUAGUAGUCUGGAGAAAAUAUUCCAUAAUGAAGGUUUCAGGGGCAUGUACCGUGGGCUUUCACCAACAGUUCUUGCGCUGCUCCCAAAUUGGGCGGUGUACUUCACUGUCUAUGAACAAUUGAAAAAAUUGCAACAGCCUCAAAAUGAUCCGCAUCAUGAAUUUUCAGUAGGAGCCAAUAUGGUAUCUGCAUCAGGUGCUGGUGCUGCCACUGCUAUUGUUACUAAUCCUUUAUGGGUUGUAAAGACUAGGCUUCAGACACAAGGAAUGAGGCCCAAAGUAGUUCCAUACAAGGGUACUCUUUCUGCACUCCGUAGAAUUGCUCAAGAAGAAGGAAUCCGGGGUUUGUAUAGUGGACUUGUGCCCGCAUUGGCAGGAAUCAGUCAUGUUGCUAUUCAAUUUCCUGUAUAUGAGAAGAUGAAGGCUUACUUGGCAAGACGGGGUGGGACAACUUCAGACAAGCUUGGUGCUGGUGAUGUUGCUGUUGCCUCUUCUGUGUCCAAAAUAAUGGCAUCAACAAUGACUUAUCCUCACGAGGUGGUAAGAUCAAGGCUUCAGGAGCAAGGUCAUGCUAGGGAUUCAGAAAUACGAUAUACAGGUGUAGUUGAUUGCAUUAAAAAAGUGUUCCGUAGGGAGGGUGUUGCUGGUUUUUACCGUGGCUGUGCGACAAACCUUAUGAGAACAACCCCAGCUGCUGUAAUAACAUUUACUAGUUUCGAGAUGAUUCUUAGGUUUCUACAAACAUUAGAAUCUAGUCCAUCCAAUACUGGCAAUUCUGAACAACAGCCAAGUUCUGCUGGUAUCGAACAAGAAGAUGAUUCUGUUUUCAAAUCUCACCAGGCAGCAUCCAAGAUGGGAUCUUUGGCCUUGCCAAAGAAGGAUCAGUUGACUGCAAGACAUUGAUUUAACUUCAAAUUCUUCGUAGACUUUCUGGUCCAAUGACUCGGCUAUGUACCAAAGUUGCUGGGCUGGGAUAUAUGGUAUUGCGCAUGUAUUUGUAUGAUAAUGGCCAGGAAGCAUUACAGAGGCCUUUAAUGUUAUAUGUAAUUCAGUGUCAGAUGUAUCUUUGUUUCCUCUUUCCUAAAAUUCGAGUAGAGGAGGAUGGUAAUCAUAUCACAUCAUUUUUUCUGGAUACCAUUGUAAACUGGCUCUUGCAAUUGAACGAACUUAUUCUGCACA